AUGACGAGCUUUACCAUCUCAGACAGCCAACUUGAUGAGUUGAAAGGUCAAGUGGCUGUCAUUACAGGGGCAUCUUCGGGAAUUGGGCUUGCAACACUUCGAAGAAUUAUCAAGCACGGAGGCAAAGUUUUUGCAUGCGACGUCAAUCCGCUACCUGAGCCCGAGUCGUCAUCCGUCCCUUUCUUGAAGGCUGAUGUCUCGUCUUGGAAAGAGCAACUCGAUGUUUUCAAAGCGACAGAAAAGGAAUACGGGAAGAUUGACCAAGUUUUUGCAAAUGCAGGAAUUGGAAAGUCAACGACCUUGCUGGACGAUAGCGUCGACGAAAACGGCGACCUGCUUGCACCGAUGCUAGACACAAUCAACAUCAACUUGAUCGGCGUGAUAUACACAGUGAAGUUAGCCAUACAUUACAUUCAGAAGAACCCGAAUGGUGGAAGUAUCGUCAUAACAGCUUCAGGAUCAAGCUUCCAACGAUUCCCGGUUGAGGAUUAUACCAAGCACGCUGUUCUCGGGCUUGUACGUGCUCUGCAACCCCAACUCCACCCCAAACUCCCGAUUCGUAUCAACGCCGUCGCCCCGUCUUGGACCGACACAGCUAUUGUGCCUCGCACUAUUGUUGCUGCUCUAGGCGAAUCCAUUGUGCAGUCGGCAGAUGUUGUCGCUCGUUCUGUAGCGCUGUUGAUGGCUGAUAAGAGGCGUCACGGAGAGCUGGUAUACAGCGCAGCAGGCAAAUUCCUGGAAAUGGAAAAUGGGACGGCGGGGUUCCAUGCUCUUACGCAGCAGAUGUUGGAGUUCGAAGAGGAUGAAAUGGAGAAGUUGUUGGCUGCUGAAAGGAGAGUAGAAAAUGUCAUCGACAAUAUGUCAGAGAAGGAGAGACAGCAUCAUACGAACAGAGCUCCAGUGACUAUGGAGUAG